AUGUCUGACGCCGAUUUCGAGACAAUCAAGAAGCUCCAGCAGGAGCGAAAUGCUGCUGCUGCGGCAAACAAGGGUUCGCGAAGCUUUGAUGUCGCCAACCAGCGAACCGACGAUACAAAGCAGAAGCUGACCGACAGCGCCGACAGUUCUUUAUACGACAAUGAUGGACCUAAUAAGUUUUCCGGAUAUAACACGUCUCUGCCGAUGAUGGGUGAAGAUGACGAUGAGAUGGGCGAUGGCGACAACACGCGACGGCUGACCGGCCAGUAUACGGCGUCGCGAGAAAUGAUCGAUGAAUUUGCCAGAGGAAGUGGUGUUGAAGAAGACGACAUUCUUGCUGGAAAAGGAGAGAAGAGCGGCCGAAUCGUCGAUCGCGAAACUGAUUAUCAGAAGCGCCGCUUCAACCGCGCCCUUACUCCUACGCGCGCCGACCCAUUCGCCGAGAAUCGCCAGGCUGGUGUUUCCGAGAAUGGCACCAGUUAUCGUGAGAUUAUGGAAGCUCGUGAACUCGAAAGAGAGGAACAACGUGUGCUCCAAGCCAUCAAGGCGAAGCAGGAAGGCAAGACCGAGGACGAUGGCGAUGCCAAGCCUAUGCUCAUCGAUGGUGACAAAGAAAACGCUGAAGCUGAAUCUACCGAGGGCGUAUCUACUACUCGCAAGCGAAAGAAGAGAUGGGACGUUUCAUCGACACCCGCUGAGGAUGACAAGGCUGAGGCUGCUGAUGCAGCCAAGCCCAAACGCUCUCGAUGGGAUCAAGCGCCCGCUCUAUCUGCCCCAGGUGCCGAAGGCGCAAAGAAACGCUCACGAUGGGAUCAGGCUCCUUCUGCUACACCCAUGGGUAACGCUGGGCUUGCAACUCCUGCGCAUCCAUCUUCCGCUCCCACUGUUCCAACGACAUUCGGUACCGAUAUCUCUGGUCGCAACAUGCCUCUUAGUGAUGAGGAACUUGACCUCCUAUUGCCUGGCGAGAGUGAGGGCUACAAGAUCCUCGAUCCUCCUCCUGGUUACGAGCCAGUCCGGGCACCUGCACACAAGCUCAUGGCUACCCCUGCGCCCCAAACAGGCUUCAUGAUGCAAGACCCCGAACAGGUACGCCUGUCCGGAAAGCCAAUGCCUGCUGAAAUACCCGGAGUUGGUGACUUGCAGUUCUUCAAGGCUGAGGAUAUGGCUUACUUUGGCAAACUGACCGACGGUUCCGAUGAGAAUGCGUUGACUGUCGAGGAGCUCAAGGAGAGGAAGAUCAUGAGGCUUCUCUUGAAGAUCAAGAACGGUACCCCUCCUAUGCGAAAGACAGCCCUUAGACAAAUCACCGACAAUGCCAGACAAUUUGGGGCUGGUCCACUCUUUGAUCAGAUCCUGCCCCUACUCAUGGAGAAGACACUGGAGGACCAAGAACGCCAUUUGCUCGUCAAGGUUAUCGAUCGCAUUCUGUAUAAGCUUGAUGAUCUUGUGCGCCCAUAUGUCCACAAGAUCUUGGUCGUUAUCGAACCCCUUCUUAUCGACCAAGACUACUAUGCGCGAGUUGAGGGUCGUGAGAUUAUUUCUAACCUGAGCAAGGCCGCUGGUCUUGCUACCAUGAUUAGCACUAUGCGACCUGAUAUCGACCACGUUGAUGAGUAUGUCCGAAACACAACAGCACGAGCCUUCGCUGUCGUCGCCUCUGCCUUGGGUAUUCCUGCUUUGUUGCCUUUCCUCCGAGCUGUCUGCCGAAGUAAAAAGUCAUGGCAAGCUCGUCACACCGGUGUCAAGAUCGUCCAACAAAUCCCUAUUCUGAUGGGUUGUGCUGUACUCCCUCAUCUCAAGGGUCUUGUUGACUGCAUUGGUCCCAACCUUAAUGACGAGCAGACCAAGGUCAGGACGGUCACUAGUUUGGCCAUCGCAGCUCUGGCCGAAGCCUCCAACCCCUACGGUAUCGAGAGUUUCGACGAUAUCCUAAACCCUCUGUGGACAGGUGCCCGCAAACAGCGAGGCAAAGGUCUUGCGGGUUUCCUCAAGGCUGUUGGUUAUAUCAUCCCUCUGAUGGACGAAGAAUAUGCCAAUUACUACACUAGCCAAAUUAUGGAGAUUCUCCUUCGUGAGUUUUCCUCGCCCGAUGAGGAAAUGAAGAAGGUUGUUCUCAAGGUGGUGUCUCAGUGCGCCGGUACCGAUGGUGUGACUGCUGGAUACCUUAAGGAACAUGUGCUGGAUGAAUUCUUCAAGAGCUUCUGGGUACGAAGAAUGGCUUUGGAUAAGCGCAACUACAGACAAGUAGUCGAAACAACAGUCGACAUUGGCCAGAAGGUUGGAGUUAGUGAGAUCGUGGACAGAAUUGUCAACAACCUCAAGGAUGAGAGCGAGGCAUAUCGCAAGAUGACAGUUGAGACCGUGGAGAAGAUUGUUGCUAGCUUGGGCGCAGCUGAUAUCGGCGAGCGCUUAGAAGAGCGACUCGUGGAUGGUAUUCUUCAUGCGUUCCAGGAGCAGAGCGUUGAGGACAUUAUCAUGCUCAACGGCUUUGGUUCCGUGGUUAACGCAUUGGGAACUCGCUGCAAGCCCUACAUCCCUCAAAUCGUCAGUACCAUUCUUUGGCGUCUCAACAAUAAGUCAGCUACGGUUCGGCAACAGGCGGCGGACCUUAUCUCUCGAAUUGCUAUGGUUAUGAAGCAAUGUGGUGAGGAUGCCCUUAUGGGAAAGCUUGGAGUUGUGCUUUACGAAUACCUUGGUGAGGAGUACCCUGAGGUUCUUGGAUCUAUUCUGGGUGCGCUACGAUCUAUCGUCACGGUUGUUGGUAUUGCACAAAUGCAACCGCCCAUCAAGGAGCUUCUCCCAAGACUCACCCCUAUCUUGCGAAAUCGCCACGAGAAGGUCCAGGAGAAUACUAUUGACCUGGUCGGCCGUAUUGCGGAUCGCGGUCCUGAGAGUGUCAACGCCCGAGAAUGGAUGCGAAUCUGCUUCGAGCUGCUCGAUAUGCUCAAGGCUCACAAGAAGGGUAUCCGACGAGCCGCGAACAACACAUUCGGUUUCAUCGCGAAGGCCAUUGGUCCUCAAGAUGUGUUGGCGACCCUACUCAACAACCUUCGAGUACAGGAGCGCCAGUCCCGUGUUAACACUGCUGUUGCUAUCGGUAUCGUCGCUGAAACUUGUGCUCCUUUCACUGUUCUACCCGCUCUGAUGAAUGAGUACAGAGUCCCCGAGCUCAACGUGCAAAACGGUGUGCUCAAGUCCCUCUCGUUCCUCUUCGAGUAUAUUGGUGAGAUGGCCAAGGACUACGUCUACGCAGUAACUCCCCUGUUGGAGGACGCUCUUAUCGACCGUGACCAAGUCCAUCGUCAGACGGCAGCCUCGGUUGUCAAGCACAUUGCUCUAGGUGUUGUCGGCUUGGGAUGUGAGGAUGCCAUGGUGCAUCUUCUCAACCUCCUCUACCCCAACCUGUUCGAAACCAGUCCGCACGUUAUCGAUCGUAUCGUGGAGGCGAUUGAAGCUAUUCGAAUGGCAGUCGGACCGGGCUUGGUGCUCAACUAUGUUUGGGCGGGUCUGUUCCACCCGGCACGAAAGGUCAGAACUCCAUACUGGCGUCUGUACAACGACGCGUAUGUUCAAGGGGCGGAUGCAAUGGUGCCAUACUAUCCCAACCUGGAUGAAGACAAGAUGGAUCGACCGGAGCUUGCGAUUGUACUGUAA